GCGCCUCAAAUGACCUUUAGAUGGGUGAGUUCCUACGUCCGCUUCAUAAAGUGUGCGAUUAUAUUCUGAAAGAUAUUUUUGUCUUAGAUGGUUCGUGAAUGAUAUUCAAACCCUUUUUGUCAGUUCUCCAUGCUAUUUUUGUUUAUUUAUGGUAAUUCAUUGUUGGCUUUAGUGGUUUAAAUAUUAGUAAUUGUCCAGAAACUCUUUUGAUAUGUACACUCUGUGGAUUUUAGUUCUCGAAAAUAACCGUUUUGAGAGUUCUAGUCCUCUUUUUUCAGCUCUUUCAUGCUUCGUCGAGACCUCUAUCUUUUUAUUACUGAUGUAGUGGUGUCUUAAGAGAGGCAAUUACUGAAACCUAAUUUCCUUCCGGUGAAAAUGUGUGUCUUGUUGCUGUUCAAAGUGUCGUUGGUCUUUUGAUUUUAAUGUAAAUAUCUUUGUAGAUCACAGUCCUUGUGUUGCUAUCAUGAUUGAACACAUUGAUGCUAUAAAACUGGAUAAAGGAAGCUGUCUUGGUCGUGUUCCUUAUAACUCGGUGAUUGGAUUCAUCUUAGUACUUGUUGGAGGUGGUGUCUUGUGUGGUACAAUUUAUUCUGGAAUAUCACGUAUCGAUACAUACUUUCGGUUGUAUUUUUUUCCUGUGUACUCUUUACCUUAUCUAAGAAUAGCUGCAGUUGUGAAUGGGGCAGUAGCCGUUCUACUCGCUUUUCUUAUACUAAUUUUCUCAACACUUGUGAAUAAUGCUACUCGUGGCCGCAUCUAUCGUGGUGAUCGCUACAUUAUGGGUGGGCGUUGUUCAGCAGCUCUGUUCAUGUGCACCACAUAUGUAACCAUAAUUGUAUGGUUAAUAUUUUUAGCAUUCCUUGUUGUCCCUACAUUUUGUUGGGCAAUGUUCAACUCGAUUUGUACUGCUGAGUUAGCUGAUGUUUGGCAUGGACCAGGUGCACGACGUCCUGGUCCUGAUGGCCGUGUUGCUCCAUCUCUGUCAGAGUUACGAGAUCGCAAAGAUUAUCUGGCGGAAACGUAUACAGCUCGUCUUGCCUACUAUUAUCAAAAUCUCAAUUUUGGCUAUAAUCCUUCUGAGUCUCAAAAUGGUUUCAGACCUCCUUUUGUUAAUCUUGGAAACUCGCCCAAUCUACCAAAUUAUCACGCCAAUCGAUAUUAUUCUCCUGAUUUCAACUACAUUUUUAACUUGACACAUUAUGGCGUUUAUAUUAAACCAUGGAUGUAUGAUGAGUCACUGAAUUAUCGUGAAGCCAUUACUUCGCUGAACGAAUUUGCAAGAUUUUGUGACGAAGUUAUGAUAGUGGGUCCACUUUUUGCUUGUUCACUUGGCGGUGCUAUUUUUGUUCUACUUGGUUUGACUCUAUUUGUUGGCUCAUUGUCAGCUUAUUAUACUCGAUUAAAAUUGACAAAAGAACUGACAGAUUUCAAACAGAGCAUUGCAUUAAGAUCACCCAAAAAUCAUGAUCCAUCAGCUUAUUUUUAA